CAUUAUAUCUUCGAUACACAGUCCCGUGCUGUUGUUCUUCUCCUGCCUGGCUACAAGAAGGAGUGUAGUCACAAUUGAAAGCGCGCUAGUGAUGCCGAUCAAUCUUAACCUCCCGUAACCCUCACGCCCAUCAGGGUCUUUCGCUGACGACGCCGAUAUUGGAGCGAAAUCUUCCACGCACGAGAUCCCACGACAUGCAUAUCGUUGAGAAACCCCUCUUUUCUGAAAAAUGUACGCGUGGGCUGAUCCUUCGAUGUGGAAGACAGGGGAGUUCCGAGCCAUUGGCGAACUUCGGCUCAAGACCCGACCUCGCCUUACCCCAUAUUUUCGGGGUUAACAAUAGCGAUGAGCCACAGUGAUGACGGGAUCUGCCAGAGAUUCUGCUAGGAAUGCCAGCUAUAUCUUCCAAUCUUCUCUAUUCUUUGACCAAUUGGAAUGCAUUGUGCUGUGCCGCGGUAGUUUUGGAUGCUCCUGUUUAGUUGACUGGUAGAUGCAUUGGCCUGCAGAUCUGAAGGUGCGUGCUUCUCUUUCCCCUGCAUGUCUUCAUAGUCUGAAGGAGGUUCAGGCAAUUCCUCUAGAUAUGUUCAUCCUGUGUAGAUGGAUGCAUGGGUAGGGGUAAAUACCUAGGUACUUAUACCUCAAGGGCCGCGCUUAUUCUAGAUCUUUAGCAUAUCCUUUACUUGGACCUCCAGAACUCAUACAAUUGAGCAUUUACGACCAACCAUGGAGAUGAACAAUAUAAACAAACCCGAUUCGUCGACGAACUACAAACCUGAAUCAGAGAUGACAAAGAUACUCUCUUUCCCAGCUUCACAAUCUACAGGAAAACAACUCUUGAAUGAUACAGAAGAACAAAGCGAAAACCUCGACACGGAUGCCAAUCUUCCACUCCGAACUGCUUAUCGACAAUAUUCCAAAGUCUCCCUAUGGGUUCUCGGCCUUUCAUCUGUCGUCAUUCUCUGGGGCUACGACUUAUCUGUUGUGGGCGCUAUUGCCUCCCUGGAACCUUUCCAACGCGACUUCGGGGUCUUCGACAAGAUGGUCGAUGGGAAAGAAAAAUGGAUCAUUCCACAGAUUUGGCUUUCACUGUGGCAAGCAUUUCCAGCUAUAGGGCAAUUAGUUGGAGCCAUCAUUGGGGGGCCUCUUGCAGACAGCAGAGGCAGGAGAUCAUGCAUGCUCUGGGGUGCUAUACUAGUUACCAUCAGCAUUCUGAUCGAGUUCCUGGCCAACAGAGUGCCCAGUCUCGACGGUAUGCGCGGGGUCUUCCUCGCCGGUAAAAUGCUCCAAGGCCUCGCCACUGCUCUUCUGAAGAUUACCACGCAAACUUGGAUCUCCGAGACAGUACCCGUCUGCCUCCGUGGACCCUCUAUGGCUAUUAUACCUGCCGCCAAUCUGGUCGGUCAGCUUCUUGGCGCCCUCGCCGUCUUCGCUGUCAACGGGGUCGAAACCGACAUGGGAUACCUGAUCACCUUGGGUCUUCAAUGGUUUUUCUGCAUCGCACCCUUCAUCAUGGCCUCGACCCUUCCUGAGCCCCCAGUAUACCUCGUCCGCAAGCAGCGUCUGGAUGACGCAACCCAUAGCAUUCACCGCCUCUUCGCGCCCAAAAACGACUGCGACAAAAUCCUCUCCCAGCUGCAAACCUCAGAGCAGGAAGAAGCCUCAAAAGCCUAUAGCGAUGGCGCACCGACCUAUGCAGAGUGCUUCCGCGGCGCAAACCGCCGCCGUACCGCUAUCGUCAUUUUCGCUAACUUCCUUCCCCCGCUCUUCGGUCUCACACUUCUCUCCUCGGCCUCUUACUUCCUACAGCAAGUCGGUAUGUCAUCUAUGUACUCUCUCGUCUUUCUCAUCGUUGGCAUCAUCAUCGGCUUCCUCGGUAACGCAGGCUCGACAUGGACUCUCUCGCAUCUGCCGCGCCGCCGCCUCACUAUCGCCACUCUCCUCGUCGCUGCUGUUCUCUGGGGCGGCAUGGGUAUUACGGGAUUAUUUCCUGCUGCCGAGAAAUCGGGUAUUGCAGCAUGGCUCACCGCCGCCUUCAUGAUGCUCAUCAUCUUUGUCUGUGGCUUGGGUUGCUGGAGCGCGUCGUACUCCAUCAUGUCCGAAGUCUCGUCCCUGCGGCUCCGGGCUACUUCGCAAGCUAUCGGCGGUGUGGCGGCAUAUAUCGCUGCUAUUUUCGCAAAUUUCGUCUUGCCAUACUUGUACAAUCCUGAUAGCGCGGAUCUAAAAGCAAAGACGGGAUGGGUGUUUAUGGGAACAAGUGUGAUAGCCGCAGCUGCUACGUGGGCUAUUGUGCCAGAGAUGAGGGCACGCAGCGCAAUUGAGAUUGAUCGCAUGUUUGAGAGUGGGAUCCCGGCUUGGAAGACCAGUUCGUGGGUGGACGAGAAGGGUAGUGCUGGAAGAGCUACAACUUGA